CAGGCAACGGUGGCUCGCAUUUGACAGUUGUUUUGGAUCAAUCGCGGUGGAUAGUGUGCGCCUGAGCGAAUAACAUGUUCAAGACAGUAUUAUGUGGUAUGUGCACGACGAGCGGCAUCGUCUUGAUAUUUCUCUUCGUGAUGCUUUGCGCCUUGAGCGAGAGCAUGCGAUAUCGAGCAAAGUUUAUUUUCUUUAUAAUAGGAAGCGCACUAUCGGCAGGAUUAUGGAUACCUUUUAUGCUAUUUCGAAUUGGCAGCUGGAAAAACGCUCUAGUACCGGCCAGGUGCGUCGUAAAAAUAGCAAAGAUCAUUGGGAUCAAUUUCCAUUUUCGUGGAAAAGAGAACAUUGUCCAAGAUUCGGGCUGUGUUGUACUCAUUAAUCAUCAGAGCUCAUUGGAUCUUUGUGUUUUAGGUAAAUUGUGGUUAGCGAUGGAUAACUGUAGCGUUGUUUCUAAAAAGGAGAUUUUAUACUUGGGACCAUUUGGCCUCGCGUGCUGGCUUUGGGGAACAGUGUUCAUUGACAGAAGAAAGGCCGAAGAAUCCUGUCGGAUUAUCAAUGCUACAUCGGAAUCAAUCCGUCUGUCUAAGCGGAGAUUGCUUUUAUUUCCUGAAGGACAUCGACAUUCGGGUAAUUCGUUGCUUCCAUUUAAAAAAGGUGCUUUCCAUGUUGCGAUUGAGACACAAAUGCCGAUUCAACCUGUUGUCGUAUCAAAAUACUACUUCUUGGACGGAAAGCUAAAGAGAUUUCAAUCAGGAACUAGUUAUAUUACAGUUCUACCAGCUAUUCCUACCGCUGGUAUGACCAAGGACGAUCUUCCAAAGCUUAUGCAGCAGGCAUACGAAGUUAUGAAUAAAAGUUUUAUAAAAUCCACGGCGGAAUGUAUUGACGAGCAAAUGCGAAGCUUGAAAUGUGAGUAAGAUAACGCGCAUAAUGAAACAAUUAGCAUUCGAGUCAUAGGCUGCGUUCGGGGAGCGCGCUAUCAGCGCACAAUUCUAUCUUUAUCGCUCAUUAGAGGUAAAACACGGAUAAAACGACGCAGUAGCGCUGAUAACGCGCUCCCUGAACGCCGUAAUCGGAAUCCUAAUCAAUCAGCGAAUUUGCGGUUGGUCGAUUCUCAAAAUGGUACCUGCAGAAAUUGUACAUAUGAAUGAGAGCUUUAUUCUGUUAUCACUUUCCAUGAACGUAUAGCUCCUACAUGUUCCUUCAUAUAUAGUGAUAUGAAAGUAUGUACGUAUAGAAAGCUUAAUUCAGAGGUUCACUUAGAUAUUUAUAUUUCUCAGUAAAUUGAUUAACGAUCGUUAUUUUUUCGAUAUAUGUAAUUAAUAUUAUAUCUGUAAAUGUUCUUCCAUUACUUAUUGUAAGAGUUUAAGAUCAGGAGGAUUUUGCAAAGCUCAAACUGAUGAUCUUUCAUCGAUGCGAUUUGUACUUUUUUACACGCAGAAAAAUUUUUAUAACCGAGUCUCACUUCUGAGUUCUGUGUCAUCGUGCAAAACAUAAACGUACGUUUUAUAAUGGAUAUGGAAAAAUCGUAGUACGAGAUGUAAAAUCAUACUGCAUGUAAAACAUUCCAUGUUUUCUAUUCCAGUUAUCAUAUUACAAGUUGUGUAAUAAUAACUUCAUCCUCAAAUAGUCGUCUAUCUAAAAUCAAUUGUUAUUUAAUGUACACGAUUAAUUUGCAAAUUACAUUCUUGUACAGCUUAUGCAUAUUAUUGUGCGAAUUAUCAAAUUAUAAUCAAAUUUGAUACUCAAAACUAAUGAUAUAAAAACAACAAAUUCUUUCACAAAUCGAAUAAAAUAUGCACUAUAUGUAUCUGUGCAAUCUUUUCGAAAUUAUUAUUAAAGUAGAUUCUCUUAAGUAUAUUAAUAAUAUAUUUGAGGACAUGCAGAAAUUUAUUUUUAUUUGGAUGAUAUGAAUAAAUUGAUAUGUUGGUAGAAAGAAAUUUAUUAAUGUAGAAAUGUAUUGCGUAUUCUUUGAAACCGCCAAAGUGUUAGUACGAAAGAAAUAUCGAAGAAUAUUCGAAUGUAAAUGUUUCGCUAUAAACAUGUGAUUUAUACAUCCACAUAUCCAUGUAUUUAAAAAU